UCCAUUGCAGACACAUGCAGUGAACACCUGCCUUGGCUUUGGGGAAAAAAAGGGGCAGAAACCCCCGGGAGGUUCGAGUUCGAGUUCAUCUUACGUGACCCGGGAGCGUGUUGUCUUUCUCCCGGGCGCGGUGGAGUUAUCUCUCCUCAGACUGUCACGAAAGCAGUGAAGAAUUGUUGCAUUUGUCGGGGUUUGGGCGAUAAGAGAGAGAGUGUGUGUGUGUGUGAGAGAGAGAGAGAAAGAAAGAGAGAGAGAGAGAAAGGAGCAAUACCUCUCUCUCUCUCUCUGCUUUAUCUCUUCUCCUCUCACAGGAGACGCAGCGCCGCAUCGACCGCCUGAAAAUAAAACCAAAUCACUGGAGCGCGUUCAUUUCUCAAAAGUGAGCUACUAUUGGACGGAAUACAGCAUCUUUUUUGUUGUUCGUGUUAUUUUUUUUUCUUUCUUCCUUUUUUUUCCCAGACUGAGGAAUAGCUAUCACAUCGAGACUGAGAGGAAUGUGGUGAUAAAAAUCUCACCUGCGCCAAAACAACAAAAAAACAAAGUCCGCGCGCUAAACUCUCUUUACAGCCCUGACUCCUGACUGAAGGCUUGGAGGCAACGAAUACACACACACACACACACACAGACAGGAUGCAGUGCCAGAAUCAACAUGUGAAAACACCUGAACGCACAACCUGUGCUCACAAACACUGAGUGAGAAGAAGCCAGAUCUGAUCAAGCAGCCCAAGUCUGAUCUUCAGCCAGAGCACUCAAGAAAAGAGAAAAGGACUCUAUAGGACCUCUGAGUCACAUGGGCAUUAUGGGAACCAAAGUCAUCCUGUUGCUGCUGGUACUGUGUGUUUGCGGUGUAUCCUGCAUCCUGCGUUCAGCUCCCAGAGUGGCUUUAGCUUAUAAAGAUCUAAUGGACACUCGGACAGCAAGACCAUUCAGCUUGUCCUUUAACACCAGCGAUUACCGGAUCCUCCACAUGGACCAGGAUCAGGGUCGUCUUUACCUGGGCAGCCGGGAGUACCUCGUCUCCCUCGACAUGCAGAACGUCAACAAGGAGCCUCUCAUUAUUCAUUGGCCUGCUCCAACACAGAGAAAGGGGGAGUGUCAGAUGACGGGCAAAGGAAAGCAUGGAGAGUGUGCCAACUUUGUGCGUAUGAUCGAGCCAUGGAACAGGACUCAUCUGUACACAUGUGGCACUGGAGCUUACAGACCCAUCUGUACGUUCAUAAAUAGAGGCUGGAAAGCUGAGGACUACCUCUUUAGGCUAGUCUCUGGAUAUGUGGAUUCAGGAAAGGGUAAAUGCUCCUACGAUCCAAAUCACGAAGAUGUGGCUGCUCUCAUCAAUGGCAACCUGUAUGCUGGUGUGCAUGUGGACUUUAUGGGUGCUGACCCAGCUAUCUUUAGGAUGAUGGGGUCCAGGCCAGCUAUUAGAACAGAGCAGUCUGACUCCAGGUGGCUCAAUGAACCAGUGUUCAUCCAAAUAAAGCAGAUUCCUGACAGCUCCGAGGCAAAUGAUGACAAGCUUUACUUUUUCUUCCGGGAGAAGAGUCAGGACUCUGGAGGAACAGCGAGCCCCAGCGUGUUGGCCAGGGUGGGACGAGUGUGUCUGAAUGAUGAGGGAGGCCAGAAGUCUCUAGUUAACAAGUGGACAACGUUUCUAAAAGCCAGGCUGGUGUGCUCCGUGAUGGGUGUGGAUGGUGUGGAGACGUUCUUUGAUGAGCUGAGGGAUGUCUUUAUUCAGUCCACCCAGGAUGAGAGAAACCCUAUGGUGUAUGCUGUUUUCUCCACUGCAGGAUCUGUUUUUAAGGGAUCAGCUGUAUGUGUGUACUCCAUGGCUGAUAUACGUAAUGUAUUCAAUGGGCCUUUUGCCCACAAACAUGGGCACAACUACCAAUGGACAAUGUACACCGGAAAGAUCCCCUACCCUCGACCUGGAACUUGUCCUGGAGGUACGUUUACACCGAAUUUGCAGUCUUCGAAGGCAUUCUCAGAUGAGGCUGUGAACUUCAUCCGUGCGCACCCGCUCAUGUAUCACCCUGUGUACCCUAUACACAAGCGCCCCCUGGUGGUGCGUUCAGGCGUAGACUACAGGUUCACCACCAUCGCCGUGGACCAGGUGGAUGCUGUGGAUGGGAGAUAUGAGGUGUUUUUUCUAGGCACAGAUCGUGGAACGGUACAAAAGGUUAUAGUUCUUCCCAAAGAUCCAACCACUAUGGAAGAGCUGACAUUAGAGGAAGUGGAAGUUUUUAGGACACCGGUUCCCGUUAAAACAAUGAGGAUUUCUGCUAAAAGGCAACAGCUGUACGUGUCUUCAGACGUAGGUCUUACCCAGGUGUCACUGCAUCGCUGUGGGGUGUAUGGUAAGGCUUGCUCCGACUGCUGCCUGGCUCGUGACCCCUACUGUGCAUGGGAUGGAGAGAGCUGUACUCCAUUCACACAAGCUACUAAAAGGAGGAGCAGAAGGCAGGAUGUAAAACAUGGUGACCCUCUACGUCAGUGUCGAGGAUUCAAUGCUAAAGUUGAGAGGAAACUGAAGGAGACGGUGCAGUUUGGCGUAGAGGGAAGCAGCACGUUUUUGGAGUGUGUACCACGAUCGCCUCAGGCUACUGUCAAAUGGCUGUACCAAAAAGACGGAAGAAGGAAAGUGCUUAAUAGAGAAGGAGAAGUUCUAAACACACCUCAAGGUGUCCUGCUAAAAUCCCUCACCCACUCAGAUGCCGGGUUAUACCACUGCUUGGCCACUGAGAAUAACUUCAAACACACUCUAGCCCGCGUCUCGUUGCGUAUUCUGGACCGUGACAUUGCUGUGGCCCUGACUGUACCAGAUGAUGAGAAUAAAGAAGAGGAAAGGCAUCACAAGCCUGAAGCCCGUCCCCUAUCUGGCAACGUGCAACGCUUAGAGCCUGAGAUGCGCGUGAUCCACCAGUAUUGCCAAUCAUACUGGGAACAGCUCAAUGAGCAAGGACAAAGCAAACGUCCAAAUCGCAGGCACACGGAGGGUCACGAGCCCAGUGGAGGCUGAGACUGGUACUGAGACUGUGUACUUCCUUCAUUCACCUGCUGGUCCAAUUCUGCUUUUUUCAAUGAAAGGGAGGUGAAGGGUCACAGGCAUAAACACUAUAUUUUAUAAGAGACUUGUCCACUCAACACUCAUUUUUCUUUUAUGUUGCGUUUACUUGUUACUGCAGUUUGCGUACUUGUUUCUUUAUUUCCUAUGUUCCUUGAUGGGUCACAUUUGCUCAGCCAUUCUUAAGUCUCGUGGUGUUACCCUGAUUUUGGACCAUUUUUUUUUUACCAUAACAAAUGCUCUUUAUUAUAUUUGUGGAUUUAAUGACCCAGCUGGUGUUGAUGAUCCUCUGACACUCCAGUUUAGCUGCAAAAUAUAUUUGUUUUUUCAGACAAAAAUGUUAUGAGUUUACGAUUUUCACGUUUAAGCACCUUAAAGUAUGAUUUACAGUAACUGCAGAUCAUGACUAAAAACACAAAUUUCUUUUGUGCAUAUACAGUAUGUGUAAACAUUCAUUUUGCGGGCCAGUGCAAUUUCCAAUUUGCUUCCUGGACAUUAAAGCAUAUGGGUCCUGUGCAGAUAACAGUACUUCAGUAGAUAAAGCUGUACAUACAUCCUGGUUUUGCUUCCUGUUUGGAAAAUUGCACCAUUUUUUUUCAGGAUCACUACAAUGUCUUCAUGGGUGUCACUGUAGCUGAUUGAUAUGUUGUAUUUAUUUUUAGGUUGUAUAUUUUUUGCCUUAGUAGAGAAUUUAUAAAGUAUGUAAAAGGUGGAGGUGUUUUGCAUGACAGAUAAGAUAUAUAGCUAUAUUUAUUUAAAUGUAAUUAUAAUAACCCUAUGUUCUUCUGUGUAUAGGAUUGUGUAGUAACUAAUGAGCUUACCUUCAUGAUUAGUAA